UUAGCAGACUUCCUGAAAGAGCUUAAUCUAGACAAUGACGUGCUGAAGAAAAUGAUAAAGAUUUAUCAAAGGGACAUAAAGCUCGGACUAGAUGAAAAGACCGAGAAAAAAUCGUCUUUGAAGUGUUUUAUAACGUACGUGCAAGACCUCCCGUCCGGCAAUGCCACAAAUACAGAUUCUUUCAGGAACAAGAAGACAAUCACAGAUAAAGGAGAAAUGGAGGCUUACAAGAAAAGUGGAGGAAUGCAAGUGGCGGAGGGCAGAGACGCGAAGUUCUUUGAUUAUCUCGCCGAAUGCCUUUUCGAAUUUACCCUCGAGAACAAGGUGCACAACCAAAACCUGCCGUUGGGGUUCACGUUCGGCUGGCCUGUGGAACAGAGGGGCCUCAGCAUCGGCAUUUUAAAGCAGUGGACAAAGGGGUUCAACUGUUCUGGUGUAGUUGGCCACAACGUGGGUCUCAUAGUGAAUGUCGCUGCCGUACUUAAUGACACGACAGGAACUCUUAUGUCAUGUGCUUGGAAGGAUCCGGACUGCAGAAUAGGACUCAUUAUAGGCGCCGGCACCAACUGCUGCUACGUGGAGAGGACGGAGAGGGUCAAGAAGUUCGAGGGCGACCCCUCCAAGCCCUUCGUCAUCAUCAACACGGAGAGUGGGGCCUUCGGAGACGGAGGGCAGAUCGACUUCAUGCGCACCGACUGGGACCGCGAGCUGGACGCCGACACGCUCAACCCGGGGCGCAACGUAUGCGAGAAGAUGAUCUCUAACUUGUACCUGGGGGAGUUGGUGCGGCGCGUGCUGCUCACCGCAGCCACCAGAGGCAUCAUCUUCAGUGGACGCGUGUCGGACCGCUUGGGCACCAGCGGAGCUUUCGACACCAAUGAAGUCCCUGGCCAAUACCGCACCGCACGAGCGGUCCUCAACGAGAUGGGCUACCCGAUGCCCUGGGCGCAAGACUGCACGGACCUGCAGUACACGUGCUACAUGGUGUGGCAGCGGGCCGGACGCAUCGUGUCCGCGGAGAUGGCCGCCCUGCUCAACUACAUGGAUUUCAGCACCGUCACCAUCGGCGUGGACGGAGCUCUGUACAGGUCGCACCCUGGCUUCUCGGAGCUGAUGCACAAGACGAUUCGCCAGCUCACCAAACCCGAAAUCAAGGCGAGCUUUGUUCGAUCGGACUUUUAG